AUGUCAAACGAACCACUCAUACCCAAUACGAUGCGCGCGCACCUAUUCACCUCCACCUCCCCUACCCUCGAAGCCAACCUUACCCUGAACCCCACCGCUCCGCUGCCCAAACACGCCAAGUCCCUCGCACCGAACCAGUCCCUCGUGCGUGUGCUCGCCACUGCCAUUAACCCCGCCGACUACAAGUUUCCUUCUUUCCCACUCAUCGGCCGCCUGCUGGUAGCCCGGCCCUCCGCCCCAGGCAUCGACUUUGCAGGUCGCGUCACGACCUCUGGCGCCGGCCAUCUCUUCAAGGACGGCACCAUCGUCUUCGGCCGCCUACUUAAGCCACAGAAGCACGGCACCUUGGGCGAGUAUGUUGUGGCGUCGGACGCCGAGGUCGUGCCCCUGCCGCAGGAUGUGGAUCCAGGUGAUGCCGCUUGCUUGGGCACGGCGGCAACGACCAUGUAUCAAUGCAUUGUGCCGCACGUGAAGCGCGGAGACAGUGUCUUCAUCAACGGGGGGAGUGGUGGCACGGGCACAUUUGGUAUCCAGAUUGCUAAACAGAUGGGCUGUUGGGUGGCGACUACGUGCAGCGAGGCGAAUGUAGGACUAUGUCGGGAGUUGGGCGCCGAUGAAGUCAUAGACUAUCGCAAGGACCCUGUGGUGGACAGGCUGAAGGGCACAGGGAAGAAAUUUCAGCUUGUGGUGGACAAUGUCGGCCUGGAUCCAGACAUCUGGGGGCGGGUGCAGGAGUACACCAGUGAGGGUGCCAAGUUUGUGCAGGUGGGUCUGCCAGUCAGUGUCUGGGGCAUGAUGAGCCUGCUCAAGAGUGACCUGUUGCCAACCUGGCUGGGUGCCCCCAAGCGCAGAUUCUUGAUGCACAACGUUGGAACAGACACCAAGAUUCUCACCCAUUUGGGCCGGUGGCUGCAAGAAGGGAAAAUCAAGGUGGUCAAGGACCGUGUGUAUCCCUACGAAGAAGCAAAGCAAGCCUUCUCACAGUUGAGAGCUGGCCGAUCACGCGGCAAGAUAGUGAUUCAGGGUCUCACCGAGGUCUAA